AUGAUGAUUGUCACGCUUCUCCUCUCCUUCCUGGCCUUCAGUGGUCAAGCCUCAGCGGCAACAUGGUAUUUCCUCCGCUAUUAUACGCCGUCCGGCGCCAAAUUCACUUCUUUUUCCGGAGAGAUGGUCAUUCCGGCACUACCCAAGGCUGGGACAUACUAUCUGUGGCCAGGGCUACAGCCGACUGAUAACAGUGGCGUAUACCAGAAUGUCUUGGAUGGAAGGAGUGGGACGUGGUGGAUCGGAUCUGGAUGGUGUUGUAGCAAUCCGAGCCUGCCCUGGGGCGGUGGUUUCAACACAUACGCUGGAGACACCGUCACCUUUAGCAAUACACUUAAGAGUGACAACUCUGGCUGGACUUCUACCAUAAGCAAGUCCGGUUCUACUGCCACUGACACCUUCGCCCUUGCAAGCAAAUCAUUCAACCAGGUUCUCUUUGCUAUCGAGCUCACUGGAGUAAGUUGGGACUUUGGACAAUUGGCUUUCAAGAACGUCAGGAUUACAAGCACUGGUACUGAUUCAAGUUGGUGCAACUCGUCACCUGAAAACUACAACGGCGCCACAACGUACUCAAUCAGCGGUGUCAAAGCUAGCGUCAGCGGAAACACUGUGACUUGCACCAUCAGCUCUGUCAUUCUGCAGAAGCCUAAAUGA